CUGCGGCCGUUCUCGAACGUACGUGACGUCGUUUCCUCUCUCCAACAUGGCGCAGGAGGCAGGUCGUUAAUAGAAAUCUGAGGGAUUUACCCCACCUUCUGUGUUUAUUUAUGUUUGUUUGUAAGGGGCUCUGCGGCUGACAUUUGAAAAGGAAUACAUCUCCAUUCGAGGCGGCUGCAGCCCCCCUUGGGACCAGGCACACCUCGCCCCAAAUUCCGGUGCGACAUGUUUGAGGGCAAAAAGACGAAAAACAUGUUCCUUACACGAGCUUUGGAAAAGAUCCUAGCCGACAAGGAGGUGAAAAAGGCUCACCAUUCACAAUUGCGCAAAGCCUGUGAGGUGGCACUAGAGGAAAUCAAAGAGGAAUCAGAAAAAUUAAGUCCGCCCAGUGGAGACGGCAAAUCGGGUUCCAGCACUUUACCGCCAAUCAAAUCAAAGACCAACUUCAUUGAAGCCGACAAGUACUUCUUGCCGUUUGAGCUGGCAUGUCAGUCCAAAUGUCCCCGCAUUGUCAUCACCUCGCUCGACUGUUUACAGAAGCUGAUAGCAUACGGCCACCUGACAGGCAGCGCCCCAGACAACACAGCUCCAGGCAAGAAGCUCAUCGACAGGAUCAUCGAGACCAUCUGCGCUUGUUUCCAAGGGCCGCAGACUGAUGAGGGCGUGCAACUACAGAUUAUUAAGGCUCUGUUGACAGCGGUGACCUCCCAGCACAUAGAAAUCCACGAGGGCACUGUGCUGCAGGCCGUCCGCACGUGCUACAACAUCUACCUGGCCAGCAAGAACCUCAUCAACCAGACCACAGCCAAGGCCACGCUCACACAGAUGCUCAACGUUAUCUUUGCACGCAUGGAGAACCAAGCACUUACAAAUCACAAGCUAUCUUGGUCUCUGGCCUCCAGAAAGCGUGACCGCCAGCUGCAGGAAGCAAAGCAGCUGGAGAGAGAGCGUCACCGGCAGCACUCCCCGGUUACCCUGCACACCGAGCCAGACUCCCCCCAGCUCCAGACUCACAUCCACCCGCCGGCCAAGGGUCCAACACAGGAGGCAAACGGGCCGGUCACCCCUCCAACUCCCAGCAUCACCAUCCCAUCCACCCCGUCCACCCCCUCGACACCCGCCCCGGAGGGCAGCAGCAGGUCUGUGUCUGGGGAGCAGGAAGAGCAGAGAGAGCAAGAGGAUCAGGGGGGGCAGGGGCAGGUCUAUGAGAACCCAGAUCCAGAAAAUGGUUCUGACUUCUGCGUGGCUGAAAAUGAACAGACUGAAGCAGAUCAAGCCACCGCAGCAGCACAAAAUGCAGCAGCCCAACAGCAUCCAGAGGCAGGGGAGGAGGAAGACGAGGAGACUCCAAAUUAUGAGGAGAAAGCCCAGGAAAUCGUCCAGAGUAUUCUGCAGGAGGUGGUCAAUACUGUUGCAGGAGGGCACUGCUUGGACCCCACAAACCUUUGCUCUGACACCAAGGAGUCUGGUGGCGAGGGCGAGCCAGCAGAGUCGGAGCCAGCUGAAGCGGUGACAGAGGGGACCCAGAGCUCCCUGGAGGACGAGGGCACCCUGGGUAGCGACAGCGAGCACGUCCAUGCCAACGGCAUCCCAGGCACGCCUAUUUCUGCCAGCUUCACCCCCUCGCUGCCUGAUGACAGACUGUCUGUCUCGUCCAAUGACACUCAGGAAUCAGGAGCAGCCCCCGGCCAGCCACCAGGUGCAAAAUUUUCCCACAUCCUCCAGAAAGAUGCCUUCCUUGUCUUUCGCUCACUGUGCAAGCUGUCAAUGAAGCCGCUGUCAGAUGGACCACCAGAUCCGAAACAAUUUACCAUGAGAAUGAAUAAGUACGUUACGUCCCAUGAGCUGCGAUCAAAGGUCUUGUCCCUCCAGCUGCUCCUGUCCAUCCUGCAGAAUGCCGGGCCCAUCUUCAAGACUAAUGAGAUGUUCAUCAACGCCAUCAAGCAGUACCUGUGUGUGGCCCUGUCCAAGAAUGGUGUCUCCUCCGUGCCUGAGGUUUUCGAGCUCUCACUCUCCAUUUUCCUCACUCUCCUCUCCCACUUCAAGACGCACCUCAAGAUGCAAAUCGAGGUGUUUUUCAAGGAGAUUUUCCUGUACAUUCUUGAGACGUCCACAAGCUCCUUUGACCACAAGUGGAUGGUCAUUCAAACCCUCACUAGAAUAUGCGCAGAUGCCCAGAGCGUGGUGGACAUCUACGUGAACUAUGAUUGUGACUUGAAUGCUGCUAACAUAUUUGAGCGGUUGGUCAAUGACCUCUCGAAAAUUGCGCAGGGUCGCGGAGGUCAUGAGCUUGGCACAACACCCCUACAGGAGCUGACCCUGAGAAAGAAAGGCCUUGAAUGUCUAGUGUCCAUCCUGAAAUGUAUGGUAGAAUGGAGUAAAGACCAAUACGUCAACCCCAACUCCCAGACCAGCCUCGGCCAAGAGAAACCAUCAGAACUGGAGAGCACAGAGACCAAGGCCCCAGAGACCAUAAACCGCUAUGGGAGCAUUAACUCUCUGGACUCCACGGCUUCGUCAGGCAUCGGCAGCUACAGCACCCAGAUGUCAGGUACUGACAACCCAGAGCAGUUUGAGGUCCUCAAACAGCAAAAGGAGAUCAUCGAGCAAGGCAUUGACCUGUUCAACAAGAAACCAAAGAGAGGAAUCCAGUACCUUCAAGAGCAAGGCAUGCUGGGUACAACCCCAGAGGAUCUUGCUCAGUUCUUGCACCAGGAAGAGAGGCUUGAUUCGACCCAAGUGGGAGAAUUCCUCGGGGAUAAUGAUCGUUUCAAUAAAGAGGUGAUGUACGCCUACGUGGAUCAAAUGGACUUCCAGGGCAAAGACUUUGUUUCUGCACUAAGGAUGUUCCUGGAGGGCUUUCGACUCCCUGGAGAGGCCCAGAAGAUCGACCGGCUCAUGGAGAAAUUUGCAGCAAGAUAUCUUGAAUGCAAUCAGGGGCAAACCCUCUUUGCCAGUGCUGACACUGCAUACGUCCUUGCUUACUCGAUCAUUAUGUUGACAACAGACCUUCACAGUCCACAGGUGAAGAAUAAAAUGACAAAAGAGCAAUACAUCAAGAUGAACCGUGGCAUCAACGACAGCAAAGACCUACCUGAGGAAUAUCUCUCAGCCAUCUAUGACGAGAUUGCAGGGAAAAAGAUUGCCAUGAAGGAGACAAAAGAGCUCACCAUGAAAUCCAACAAGCACAGUGUGGCUAGUGAGAAGCAGAGGCGUCUGCUGUACAAUGUGGAGAUGGAGCAGAUGGCCAAGACGGCCAAAGCUCUGAUGGAGGCCGUCAGCCACGUCCAGGCUCCCUUCACCAGCGCCACGCAUCUGGAGCACGUCAGGCCCAUGUUCAAGCUGGCAUGGACACCCUUCUUGGCUGCUUUCAGCGUGGGUCUUCAGGACUGUGAUGACACCGAGGUGGCCUCGCUGUGUCUGGAGGGGAUCCGUUGUGCCAUCAGGAUAGCAUGCAUCUUCUCCAUACAGUUGGAGAGGGAUGCCUAUGUACAGGCCCUGGCGAGGUUCACCCUGCUGACAGCCAGCUCUGGCAUUUCAGAAAUGAAGCAGAAGAACAUUGACACCAUCAAGACCCUCAUCACUGUGGCCCACACUGAUGGCAACUACCUGGGCAACUCCUGGCAUGAGAUCAUGAAGUGCAUCAGUCAGCUGGAGCUGGCUCAGCUGAUCGGUACAGGGGUGAAGGCACGCUACAUCUCAGGGACGGUGCGGAGCAAAGAUGGCUUCCUUACAAGUACGAAGGAGCAGAGCAACGACGAGUACCUGGGUCUAGUUGGAGGGACAGUGGACCGUAAGCAGAUCGCCAGCAUUCAGGAGUCCAUCGGAGAGACCAGCUCUCAGAGUGUCGUGGUGGCUGUGGACAGGAUAUUCACUGGUUCUACCAGAUUGGAUGGUAACGCAAUAGUCGAUUUUGUGCGCUGGCUGUGUGCUGUCUCCAUGGAUGAGCUGGCCUCGCCCACACACCCACGUAUGUUCAGCUUGCAAAAAAUUGUUGAGAUCUCCUACUACAACAUGGGCCGCAUCAGGCUCCAGUGGUCCAGGAUCUGGGAGGUUAUUGGAGACCACUUCAACAAGGUUGGCUGUAAUUCCAAUGAGGAUGUGGCAAUUUUCGCUGUGGACUCUCUCAGGCAACUGUCCAUGAAGUUUUUGGAGAAGGGGGAGCUGGCCAACUUCAGAUUCCAGAAAGACUUUCUGAGGCCUUUUGAGCACAUCAUGAAAAAGAACAGGUCUCCCACCAUCAGAGACAUGGUGGUGCGCUGUAUAGCCCAGAUGGUUAACUCCCAGGCGGCGAACAUCCGCUCAGGCUGGAAGAACAUCUUCUCUGUCUUUCACCUGGCUGCUUCUGACCAGGACGAGAGCAUUGUAGAGCUGGCCUUCCAGACCACCGGCCAUAUCGUCACGAAUGUAUUUGAAAAGCACUUUGCGGCCACCAUCGACUCCUUCCAGGAUGCCGUUAAGUGUCUGUCUGAGUUUGCCUGUAAUGCCUCCUUCCCAGACACCAGCAUGGAAGCCAUCCGCCUCAUCCGACACUGCGCCAAAUACGUCUCAGAGAGGCCACAGGCCUUCAAAGACUACACCAGUGAUGACAUGAAUGUAGCGCCUGAGGACCGUGUGUGGGUGCGGGGUUGGUUCCCCAUUCUCUUCGAGCUCUCCUGCAUCAUCAACAGAUGUAAGCUGGAUGUCAGGACCAGGGGACUCACGGUGAUGUUUGAAGUGAUGAAGACCUACGGGCACACCUUUGAGAAACACUGGUGGCAAGACCUGUUCAGAAUUGUCUUCAGGAUCUUUGACAACAUGAAGCUGCCUGAGCAACAGACUGAGAAAGCAGAGUGGAUGACCACCACCUGCAACCACGCACUUUAUGCCAUCUGUGAUGUCUUCACCCAGUACUUUGAGUCCCUCAAUGACGUCCUGCUGGAUGACAUUCUGGCUCAGCUCUACUGGUGUGUGCAGCAAGAUAACGAGCAGCUUGCCCGUUCAGGCACCAACUGUCUAGAGAAUGUAGUCAUCCUGAAUGGAGAGAAAUUCUCCCUGGAGACCUGGGACAAGACGUGUACCUGCAUGCUGGACAUCUUCAAAACCACCAUCCCACACACGCUGUUAACAUGGAGACCAGCAGGAGCAGAGGGAGAACACUUGACAACACAGAGCCUGUCAGACAAACAGCUGGACUCCAUUUCCCAGAAGUCAGUGGAUAUUCAGUCCCGCUCUGACGACCAGCAUUCCAUCAGCAGCGCCGAUAGGGUUGCCAUGGAGAACCGUCGGCAAAGUCAGUACAGCUCAGCCUCAGGCAUGUAUGAGGACGGCUCCAGGAGCAGGACCCCAACAAAGGUCCAGGAGCAACGCUUAUUCUCAGCUUUGCUGAUAAAGUGUGUCGUGCAGCUGGAGCUGAUCCAGACUAUUGAUAACAUCGUUUUUUUCCCUGCCACCAGUAAGAAGGAAGAUGCUGAGAACUUUGCUGCUGCUCAGCGGGAUGCUGCGUAUGCAGCAGACGUCCCAGUGGAGAUCCAGGAUCAGGGCAUGUAUCGCUACCUGACCUCAGAACAGCUCUUCAAGCUGCUGGACUGCCUGCUGGAGUCACACUGCUUUGCCAAGGCUUUCAACUCCAACAACGAGCAGAGGACCUUACUGUGGAAAGCAGGUUUCAAAGGAAAGUCAAAGCCCAACCUGUUGAAGCAGGAGACCAGCAGCCUGGCUUGUGGCCUGCGUAUCCUGUUUCGCAUGUACACAGACGAGAGCCGCCAGGACGCCUGGGAGGAGGUCCAGAGACGGCUGCUCAAUGUGUGCAGUGAGGCCAUAGCAUACUUCUUGGCUCUGACCUCAGAAAGCCACAGAGAGGCCUGGACCAACCUGCUGCUGCUCUUCCUCACCAAGGUGCUAAAGAUCAGUGAUGAAAGGUUCAAGGCUCAUGCGUCCAGAUACUACCCUCUGCUGUGUGAGAUCAUGCAGUUCGACCUGAUCCCCGAGCUCCGGGCUGUUCUGCGAAAGUUUUACCUGCGCAUCGGCCUCGUGUUUCACAUUGCUCAGCUGCCUGAGCCCGAACCAGACCCUCAGCCGGCACAUGUUGAGCAGGAGGCAGACACGGAGGUGGGGGAGGAGGCCGGGGAGGAGGCCCAGUGAUGCUGCACCACAAACAGCCUGGAACACAGAGCUCUACUGAGGCCUCCACCUCAGAUCUGUGCGACUGUGCGCUGAGGCUCCGUGUCACCUCAGGGCUCUCCACGUGGUUUAUGCUGAACACUUGACUUAAAUAGCUGAUUAUCAAUCAGCUAUCUGCUACCACCCACCUGCACCCUUAACCCCGUCACCACACACACACAGACACGCCUAUACACACAAACAGCCCAGACGGAGUACUUGAUAUCAUGAUGAAAACAGUAAUGUCUUGUACAAGGUGUAGCGAUGUCUCCACUGGAUAAAACUACUGAUGAACAACUGACAGUUAUCCAUAUUUCUGAUCUGCUCAGAAGGAAUAUAUUUCAAAAAAUGUGUGCUUCUUACUGUAUAUUUAAAAAGUAAAGAAUGAAUGGUUUCAACAACAUGCAAAAAGACAUAUUUAGUAACUAUGAAAUGUGACAUUUGUCACACAUUGAUAGUAAUGAUCUUUCUGUCUGCACCGCAGAUGGCUAACAUUAGUAUUGAUAGCCUCUUGGAUGAAACUAGUUGUACAGAUCUAUCGCUAUGUAAUAUAAUCUUAUAACACUAGAUUUCAUUUAUUUUUGUUUAUUUCUUUCCUCUGGAUUUGCUGCACUUGAUCUCUUUUUUGAAUGCACUGGAGAUUUUACUUUUGUGAUAAUUUAUUGGACUGUACCAUCUCCUGUAGAUUGUCCUAUACAGUAUGAUUUGUAAUUGAACAAGACCAUGGAAAGUGAAGGGUUAAAUUAUUCCAUUUUAUAUGUUCUUAGGUUUUUAUCAGAGAUUGAUGAUAACUGGGCUUCUGAAACUGGAAGAAUAGAGAGCAACCUGAUGCUAGCUGCUUUUGAGUGACUAGUCUGUUUUUAUGUUUGAGUUUAGUUUUCACUUUUGUGUACAAAAUCAAAAGUUAAUAAUAUAUUUAAUGUUUUUUUUCUUUGGUGUGGGGGAAAGUUAUAUGUAUAGAGAAAAUGACAAAUGUUAGCUGUGCUUUAAGUAUGAAUGGGAUGCAUUCCUGCUCAUGGAUGUAGAAAACAAAAUGUAUAUGAUACAGCAAUGUAAAGUUUUCUAUGUUGCAAAAAAGAUUAUGUACAACUUUCUGUACAAUACAUCAUCUGGCAUUCUAAUCAGGUUCUAGGUCAAUAAAGUUUUUGAACUUG